UACGCAUAGUGUCAGCGCAUCUACUUUUAUCUGACCAAGUCUAAUAGAAAGUCAGUUCAGGAUCCUCCCCUUCGUCGUCAUAAAAAAAAAAAAACGCUGUGACUAGUCCACCCACAAUGUUAUUCACUUGAGCAUUUAAACGAAAACACAACAAACACUCUUCUUGACACGACCGAGUAGGCUAAUUGUCACAUGCAUUACGCAUUACAUGCGCACAAUUUAAAUCCGGGUUUUUGUGGAUUGUAUAAUUUAGCCUAGUGAGUUCAACAGCGACGGAGGAGAUUGAAAGUGAAAAACACUUUGAUCUGGAGGAGAAUACGCACAUCCAAAUUGGCUUACAGUAGGAUAAUAGCGUCUCUGAAUAUGUGGAUGCUGCACACCUUUUAUUUUGUGUGUCUGACUGCUCUAUCUGCAGGAUUGCCGGACACGUCUAUAAAUUUUGUCCGGUUGGAGUUCAGAAUUCUGAUAAGCAAACAACAAACAUUUGAGGAGAACAUUUACAUAUAUUACGGAACUUCAGGCACACCCAAUGGCAGCAGAGAUGGUCGUCCGGCUUCGCUCAGCAAUAGCAGUUCAUCCCUACGCGAUGCUCUACUGAUUUUUACGAAUCGUUUCAACAAUACAGAAAACCACACUUAUAAGCGUUGUCGAGAGUGCAAAUUCAUCGGACACCGGUUGAUACAUGUAUCUGACCAGAUCAUGCACAAUGGGAAAGAGUUUUUGUCUCUGAAUCAAACAACGGACACCUGGACAGCCUUGGAUCGGCAGGCCCUCUCCUUGAAAGAGGCGUUGAACCGCGACUCUGAACGGACUGUGCAGGACAGGAUGCGUUUUCAGGAGACUUGCGCUGAGCUGCUGAAGGAACUUACUCAGUCGCACUCUGCUCUAGAAGUUUCAGCUGCAGUUUUAGCUCCCCUCUUGGCAGGCCUUUUAUUAUUUGGUAUGGUCCUUCUCAGCUGUAUUUUGGCUAAACAGGGUGUCAAAGGUUCUGCUCAUCCUGCAGGAGGUGUUCUGGGUUCAAUAGGCCACUAUCCAGCUCCAACUUCAGACGUUGUCAGAGAACCAAUCUUACAGCCUUCUCUCUCCAAAGCACACUUGCUGAGCAAUAUGCCAUGAAUGUGCUGCCUGAAUGUGAUACACGCAAGUCACUCAGAGAAGUCUGUAUGGCAUCAAUAUGCUGGUUUGCUAUCUAUUGCCUGUCUUUGGAAACAAUGAUUUAAAAAUGUUUAUACCUAUAGCCAAUGUAUUUACUGAAAUGCACUGCUAUGAUGUGUGGAAUUACAUUUGUUCAUUGAACUUGUAGUGUUCAGAACUAUGCACGAGACACUGCAGUCAGUAGAAUUCACUGAUCACUGAUACUUGUGCUUUUGCCACUGUACUGUAGGUGCUGUACUGAGCUAAGAGGAGUCGAAAUGGCUUCACAGCCAAAAAUGCUGGUUUUGAUGUAGAUAUCUUAUACUUAUCUCAGGCUUUGUUUGAUGACUCUGUCAUCAAUUUUUAAGGUUAAAGUGGUCCAAAGAUGUAUUUUCUACAAAGAAAUGUCUUCUUCAAUCAGUGGACAUUGUAUUUAGAUUGCUACCUGAUGUCACUGUUGUCUCCAGAAUGUAUUUGCUGUGUGAGGGAUAAUGGUUUUGUAUUCAUUUGUGUUAUUAAACAUUAAAAAAAAUCUUA